AUGGGGCUUUGUCUUGGUUCAUUGGGCUCAUCUGCUGUAUGUUGUUUUGGUAAUGCAUUUUGUUCACUUUGUUGUUCAGCGUGUCCAUCAUGUAAAGGCUCGACAUCAACACGUAUUGCGUACGGUCUUAUUCUUGUUGCUGGACUUAUAGUAUCUUGUAUAAUGUUGAUACCUGGUCUCGAAAAUACGUUAAGUAAAAUUCCAGCUUUAUGCAAAGUACCAAAUGCAAAUAUUCAUCUUGUAUUAUCCAUUAAUUGUUCACAAGUAGUCGGAUCACUUGCUGUAUAUCGUCUUUCAUUUGGUAUGUCAAUGUUCUUUUUAAUUUUAUCAUUAUUAAUGAUAAAGGUGAAAACAUCGAAUGAUUUUCGAGCAAAGAUUCAAAAUGGAUUUUGGGGAUUCAAGUUAAUUAUACUUAUCAGUUUGAUUGUUGGAGCUUUCUUCAUUCCCAAUAAUGGCUUUGAUUAUGUAUUUAUGAUUUUUGGCUUGAUCGGAGGAUUUAUUUUUAUUCUUCUUCAAUUACUUAUAUCAAUUGAUUUCGUUCAUUCGUGGAAUCAAUCUUGGGUUGAUCAUGUUGAAUCUGGUUCUAAACGACAUGGUUAUGGUUUGCUUUUCUUUACUUUCCUUUUCUAUGCAUUAACAAUAACUGGAACUGUGCUAUUUUAUGUUUAUUAUGUGCCCGAUCGUUCUCUUUGUCGUUUACACGCGUUUUUUAUUUCAUUUAAUAUUUUUUUAUGCUUUGUUUUAUCGAUUAUAUCAAUAUUACCAUAUGUACGACAAUAUAAUUCUUCGUGUGGUCUUCUUCAAUCAUCAUUUGUCAGUCUCUAUGUUAUUUAUUAUACAUGGUCCGCAAUGAGUAACAAUCCAAAAGAGCUUUGCAAUCCAAGUAUUAAUUCAGUCGCUCAUCCUAUCAAUCCAUCGGUAACUUCAAAUCCACAUCCAACAAGACAACAACAUUUACUUGAUCCAAUCACAGUUAUUGGCUUGAUUAUAUUUGUCUGCACACUUUUUUAUUCAAUUAUAACAACAUCACGUAAUAAUCGUGCAAAAAAAUUAUUUUUCUCUUCUUCGAUUGAUUCAACGAUAUUAGAUGACGCACAAUUAGUGAAUUCAGUAUCUGAUCAUAAAUGGAUGUUAGGUAGUGAUGAUCACAGUCAUCAACGUGUGUAUGAUGAUGAACGGGGAUCAGUUACAUACAAUUAUUCAUUAUUUCAUUUUAUGUUGGUGCUUGCAGUAUUAAAUGUAAUGAUGACAUUAACUAAUUGGUAUGAUCCAGCCAAAGAUUUUAGUACGUACAAUAAUAAUUUAGCAUCACUUUGGAUAAAAAUUAUAUCAAGUUGGUUAUGUGUGCUGUUGUAUGUCUGGACGUGUGUAGCACCAGUUCUCUUUCCUGACCGAGAUUUUUCAUGA